CUCCGUCUCCCUCGUCCCUACACCUCCAGUCUGCUUCUGUUGUCUCGGCGGAUUGUUGGGCUGUGGGAGAGAAAGGAUAUCGCGAGUAUUGGAGUUUUGGUGAGAGUUUGUGGAAGAUGGCGCCUGUUGUGACAGGGAAGUUCGGGGAGCGCCCUCAGCCACAGCGCCUAACAAGAGAAGCGAUGAGGAAUUACCUGAAGGAGCGAGGCGACCAAACUGUCAUGAUCCUGCACGCGAAAGUUGCACAGAAAUCCUAUGGCAAUGAGAAAAGGUUCUUCUGCCCUCCCCCCUGCGUUUACCUGAUGGGCAGCGGAUGGAAGAAAAAGAAGGAACAGAUGGAGCGAGACGGCUGCUCCGAGCAGGAGUCGCAGCCUUGUGCCUUCAUCGGCAUCGGCAACAGCGACCAAGAAAUGCAACAGCUUAACUUAGAGGGAAAGAAUUAUUGCACAGCCAAAACCUUGUACAUAUCCGACUCCGACAAGAGAAAGCACUUCAUGUUGUCCGUCAAGAUGUUCUACGGCAACAGCGCUGAUAUCGGUGUCUUCCUCAGCAAGAGGAUCAAAGUCAUCUCCAAGCCCUCCAAAAAGAAACAGUCCCUCAAAAACGCUGACUUGUGCAUUGCAUCAGGGACCAAAGUGGCACUGUUCAACCGGCUGCGGUCCCAAACGGUCAGCACGCGCUAUUUACACGUGGAGGGCGGCAACUUUCACGCCAGUUCCCAGCAGUGGGGCGCCUUCUACAUCCACCUGUUGGAUGACGAGGAGUCAGAAGGAGAAGAGUUCACUGUGAGAGACGGUUACAUCCACUACGGCCAGACGGUCAAGCUGGUUUGCUCUGUCACCGGCAUGGCCCUGCCCAGACUGAUCAUCCGCAAGGUGGACAAGCAGACGGCGUUGCUGGACGCAGACGACCCCGUCUCUCAGCUCCACAAGUGUGCCUUCUACCUGAAGGACACAGAACGCAUGUACCUGUGCCUUUCCCAAGAAAGGAUCAUCCAGUUUCAAGCCACUCCAUGCCCAAAGGAACCAAACAAGGAGAUGAUCAACGACGGCGCCUCCUGGACAAUCAUCAGCACAGACAAGGCCGAAUACACUUUCUACGAGGGCAUGGGCCCUGUCCACUCGCCUGUCACCCCCGUGCCUGUGGUAGAGAGCUUACAGCUAAACGGUGGAGGGGAUGUCGCCAUGUUGGAGCUGACAGGACAGAACUUCACUCCAAAUCUUCGGGUCUGGUUUGGCGACGUCGAGGCUGAGACCAUGUACAGGUGUGCGGAGAGCAUGCUGUGCGUGGUGCCCGAUAUCUCCGCCUUCCGUGAGGGCUGGCGCUGGGUGCGGCAGCCCGUCCAGGUGCCCGUCACGCUGGUGAGGAAUGACGGCAUCAUCUACUCCACCACACUGACCUUCACCUACACGCCGGAGCCAGGGCCGCGGCCACACUGCAGCGCCGCCGGAGCCAUCCUGCGGGCCGGAAACUCCAGCCUGCUGAGCAGCAACAGCCAGGAGGCCGGCUCCGGCGUCUACGGCCCCAACAGCACCUCCAACGCAGGAGUCACAUCCUCAUCCUCCACCGCCGCAGCUGUGGUCUCCUAACGCACACAGGGGGCCACUCAUUACAAUAUGCCUUGAGAGCAAAUAUACCAGAAGGUAUAUAAAGACUAUGGGAAAUAAUAAACAAAAACUGACUCACUCUAAAGUGCUGCGUAUUAAUUUUGGAUACAAAGAAGCUGAAAUGGAAAAAAUCGGUGGGACAAAGGAGCAAACGCAGGGGAAAUCUGAAGGAGUGACAUCACAACGUUGUCCGCCAACGGGAAUAAGCGAAAGUGCUCCUUGACACGCCCCCUCUCCUGUGGUUACUUUAGGGACCUGCCUAUCCAGUUCUGGUGUUUGGAAUGAGUGAAGUUCCUGCAGGCUCAGAGCACCAGCACCUUUCUACGGCUGUGAGAAUGGAAACCACAACAACAAUACAUCCACCGUGUACAAAAAAAAAAACAAAAAAAAUUGUCUCGAAAGGAAAGUAUAUUUUUUGCGCUGCCCUGCUCCUCCCCCUCCCCCUUCAUUUCCUCCCGCCACUUGUUUUAUGAUUAUUCCUUUUGUGUUUGUGUUAUUGUGCAUUAAUUUGUGGUUUCCUAAAGGGGGCUGGAUGUAUUGUUGUUGGAGGGAGCGCAAGGAUGCAGAGGGACACACAUAAAACGUGACGAUAACAUAGUUUUUAUGGACCAAGGAUCUUGUAUAAGCUUUAGUAAAGGUACAUUUUUCUCCAUACCUUUUUUGUAUUAAACAUAUAGUACACUUUUGUUACCAAAUAGUUUCUAUUCUUCCUCUGAGCUUGGGCUUUGUUUUCCCCCUUUGAGGUCCAAAAUCCCAACCUGUAUGUUAUUGCAACCUUACUACAAACGCCUGCUUUUUCAGUCUUUGGAUUGAACUUUUGUUUUGAUACUCUCACUUUUUCUGUUGGGGAAAAUCUGAAGUCUGGGUUUAUUUACACAAGCGAAGGUUGUUUUUUUUCUCUUUUUUUUUUUCUUUUUUUCUUUUUUUUUUAAAUUGGGGAAUAACCUCAGAGGGCCUAUUUUUUAUCAUUGGUUUUUAUGAAGUCUUUAAAAAGAAAAGCUUUAAGCAACGCCUCUGCCUUGCCUGCAAUACUCUAUGUGCGCUAUGUCUCCUUUGGAAAAUAUACACAUCAGUACAUCUCACAUGGAGCCAUAGCAAUGUUUGCAGAAUACAUCAAAAAGACUAGACUUCCAUGGUUACGAAAACAAGUCGGUUUGUCAUUUUCAAACUAAUGUAAUAAGCGUAGUCAUUGACUUAAAAGGAUAGCCUUAGUACUGUAUAUUCUUACUGUGUACACAGUCAAACCAGUCACAUAUCUAAUAUCCUGUACCUGUCGCUCUAUUGGUCACUGUUAACGUAUCAGAUAACGUAGUGAAACUUGUCUCUUCAAACUGCACGUAGCAAGGUGUCUUCCAGUGUGUGCUGUAGUUCUGGUGGCAUUUAAACUCCAGUGGUUUUCCAAAAAGACGGACACUUUUCAAUUUAAUGUGGCCUUACUGAUAACUUCAGUUACAAAACAAAAAAAAAAAAAAAAAAUUCUUCACCUUUUCUCUUAUCUGCUGUUUACUCACCUUGGAAGAACCUGUGCGUAGCACAAAAACAAGCUAAUGCCUCGCUUCUUAUCACAGGAGCUCUGCUGUUUUGAGCUCAUUGCUGCGGCUCCAGAACCACCUUGUCGUGCAAAGCAAAGCAGCCUUCUGAAGGAUCUCUCAGCCUUCAUUUUUGUGGUGUACAAGUACAAUAACCCAAUUUUUUAUUCUCAUGCGGUGCCCGGCACCCUUCUCACUUUUGGUACAAUGUCUCACGAGCGCUGUAAGCUCCUUCCAGCCUUCUUUUUUAAAAAAAAAAAAAAAUCUUGUGUGGUUUAUUGUUUUCGCAGAAACAAGCGUGUGUACAUUGUAAACUCACUGUCCGAGUAGUUGCACUCAUCUGUGUUCAUGGCGACCGCGUAAAGGCCUUCUAAAUGUGUAUUAUUGAAGAUGUGCAUUUCCAAACAUAACAGCAAUAUUGUACAGGUCAUUUCAUUGUUUUUGUCCGCCUGAGCACUAGUUCACCAGCCAGCAAAUAUGUGUGCGCGCGCGUGUGUGUGUGUGUAUGUGUGUGUGUGUGUGUGUGAGAGUGAGUGAGACUGUCGUAUGUAGUUGCUGUAAUGGAAUAUUGAGUCAGACUCGCUCCAUUUCAAACCCGCCCUCCAAAAAAAAAAAAAGAAAAAGAAAGAAAACUUGAGAUUCAUUGGGUUUUUUUUCUGUCUUCCACCGGAAUCCAAAUGUCUGAUAAUUGUGGAUAAACAUUCAGAGGCAAUACUUGUGAUCUUAGUAUUACAGUACAACUGUAUACGCUUCCGGGAAUAAGAACAACGAUACUGUAACUUGAAUGUCUGCUUAAUGAAGUAUUUCAGAAUUUUCUUACAAACAAAACCUUGAAAUAGGAACAAAAAAGGAUUCGCUUGC